AUGUUUGAAAGGGCUCAGGGCUUUAAGAAACCUGACGACGUCGCGGCAGCGCCUCCGGGUGUCGCUGUUGGCCGCCGCCGAGCGGCGCUGGAGCCGCCGCCGCCGCCGCCGCAGCGUCCUGCCCCCGCAGGCUGCUCGCUCGCCCGGCGCCGGCCACAGCGGCAGCGGCACCGCCAGCAGCAGCAGCGGCGAGAGGCGGCCCGAGCGGUCUGGCUGCCUUUCAGCGGUGUCUGUUUUGGGCGGCGAGAGUGUCUGGAAGGGCUGCAGGAGGCAGGAGCGCGGCGAGCGCAGCGGGCAGAGAAUGGCGGUGAGGCGGCGGCAGAGGCGCGGGCCGGGCGGCGGCGAGCGCUGCUGGCUGCGCUGCUGCUGUGCGUGUGGUGCCGGGCGGCGGCCGAGCGGCUCCGCUACGCCAUCCCCGAGGAGCUGGCCAGAGGCUCGCUCGUGGGGCCGCUGGCGCGGGACCUGGGGCUCAGCGCGGACCAGCUGCCGGCACGCAAGCUGCAGGUGGCGUCUCUCGGCAAGAAGCAGUUGAAAUACUUCACGGUGAAUGAGGAGAACGGGAACCUGUACGUGAACGAGAGGCUGGACCGGGAGGAGAUGUGCGGCAAGUCAGCGACCUGCUCCGUCAGCUUCGAGGUGCUGGUGCACAACCCGCUGAACGUUUUUCAAGUCGAGGUGUCCAUUGAGGACGUGAAUGACAACUCGCCAGUUUUCAGCAAAGCUGCUCUGGACCUCGAGAUCAGUGAAUUAAUCCCUCCCGGUGCUCGUUUCCCGUUGGAAAUGGCACGAGAUGCAGACGCAGGAAGCAACUCGAUGUUGACUUAUCAACUUACGAGCGACCCGUCCUUCUCACUGUCAGUGAAAGAAAAGCCGGGUGGAAAGAAGCAGCCGGAAUUAGUACUGGAGAGACCGCUGGACCGGGAGAAGCAGAGUUUCUUUGAGCUGGUGCUGGCAGCAGUGGACGGCGGGGAACCUGAGAGAUCUGGGACUGUCCUGAUUCACGUCAACGUGACAGACGCAAAUGACAACCCACCCGUGUUCAGCAAAAGCGUCUACGAGGCACGAGUGGCGGAGAAUCUGCCGGCGGGGUCUCUGGUGCUGCGGGUACGGGCCACAGAUGCGGAUGUGGGCUCAAACGGGCAAGUGUCCUACUCCUUUGGCAACGUGCCAGACGACGUGCCCUCAUUGUUCGCUAUCGAUAGCGAGAGUGGAGAGAUCAGGACGGUUGGUCCACUGGAUUUUGAGGAGGAAAAUAGAUACAUUUUUGGCUUGGAGGCGACGGACGGCGGCGGGCUCACUGAUCACUGCGAAGUGCAGAUCGAUAUCACGGACGAGAACGACAACGCGCCAGAGAUCAACAUUCUGUCUCUGUCGAGCCCAGUGCCCGAGGACGCACCGGCCGGCACUGUAGUAGCCGUGCUGAACGUGAACGACCCGGAUUCGGGCGAGAACGGUCAGGUGUCGUGCGAACUGUCGGGAGAGGCGCCGCUGUCGAUCGUGGCGUCGUCGGGCGGCUCGUACAAGGUGGUGACAUCGGGCCCGCUGGACCGCGAGCAGGCGUCCGAGCAGCGCGUGACGGUGGUGGCCCGGGACCGGGGCAGGCCGGCGCUGUGGAGCAGCAGGGAGCUGGUGCUGGAGGUGUCGGACGUGAACGACAACGCGCCGGUGUUCGAGGAGGCGGCGUACAGCGCGUACGUGGCGGAGAACAACGCGGCGGGCGCGCUGGUGCUGCGCGUGCAGGCGCGGGACGCGGACGCGGACGCCAACGGGCGCGUGAGCUACUGGCUGGCGGGCGGCAGCGCGGGCGCGGCGGGCGCGGCGCCGCUGGUGUCGGUGGAGGCGCGGAGCGGCGCGCUGUACGCGCAGCGCUCCUUGGACUACGAGCAGUGCCGCGAGUUCACGGUGGCCGUGCGGGCGCAGGACGGCGGCUCGCCGGCGCGCAGCUCCACGGCCACGGUGCGCGUCUUCGUGCUGGACCGCAACGACAACGCGCCCAGGGUGCUCUGGCCCGCCGCGGCGGAGGGCGGCGGCGGGAGAGGCUGCGGGAGGGCGGCGCCGCCUUUCGAGGUGGUGCCGCGCUCGGCCGAGGCCGGCUACCUGGUGGCCAAGGUGGUGGCGGUGGACGCGGACGCGGGGCGCAACGCGUGGCUGUCCUACGAGCUGGUGCAGGCGUCGGAGCCGGCGCUGUUCCGCGUGGGGCUGCACAGCGGCGAGGUGCGCACGGCGCGCGCCGUGGCCGAGCGGGACGCGGCCAAGCAGCGCCUGGUGGCCCUGGUGAAGGACCACGGGCAGCCGGCGCUCUCGGCCACGGCCACGCUGCACGUGCUGCUGGCCGACAGCUUGCGGGAGGCGCUGCCGGAGCUGAGCGAGCGCCCGGCGGCCGCCGAGGCGGCGGCGGCCGAGCUGCAGUUCUACCUGGUGCUGGCGCUGGCGCUGCUCUCGGCGCUCUUGGUGCUGAGCGCGGCGCUGGCCGUGCUGGCGCGGCUGCGCCGGGCCGGCCCGCCCGCCGUGCUGCGCUGCCUGGGCGCGCAGCGCUUCUCGCUGCCCGGCGCCGCCUUCCCGGCCGACUUCUGCGAGGGCACCUUGCCCUACUCCUACAACCUGUGCGUGCCGCCGCCGGCCCGCGCCCUGCCCGAGGCCGCUUGGCCGCCGCCGCCGCCGGUGCCCAUCCUGUCGGCGGAAGAGCUUCUGGGUGGGGAUGCCCUGGAGAAGCCGAGCUCGAACAGCAGCGCUAUCGAGGGUGAGGUGUCCGCCGAGUCCGACGCACCACAGGUCUGUAGAUUGGCAGCGGGAUUGGAUCGGCGGUGCUGCGGUGCCGGCGGUUCCGCGGCCGAGAUGUGCGCGGCGGGGAGGCGCUGGGGCCGGCGGCAGCGAGCUCUGCUCUGGGCCGUGCUGCUGGCGGCGUGGGAGGCGGCGUGGGGGCAGCUGCGCUACUCGGUGCCCGAGGAGAUGCCCAAGGGCUCCUUCGUGGGCGACGUGGCCAAGGACCUGGGGCUGCAGCUGACGGAGAUCCGAGAUCGCGGCGUUCAUAUCUUGGACAAAGGUAGGACGCAGUAUUUCGCUUUGCACGGCAAGACGGGACAUUUAGUGACAGCAGAGAGGAUCGACAGAGAGCAGCUGUGCGAGAGUGUGCAACAAUGCGUUCUGCGCUGUGAGCUGAUAGUGGAGGGGGAAAUGAAGUUCUAUGGAAUAGAAGUGGAAAUUACGGACAUUAACGACAACUCACCCAGCUUCAGAGAGGCAGAAAUUGAACUAAGAAUGAUAGAAACGACAGCGCCGGGGUCGCGGUUUCACCUUCCAGACGCUCACGACCCCGAUACGGGCCGGAAUUCCCUGCAGAGCUACGAGCUGAGCGGUGACGAGCACUUCUCGCUGGCCGUGCAGGCGGGCCCCGGCGGCGAUCAGCGUCCCGAGCUGGUGCUGGCGAAGGCGCUGGACCGGGAGGAGGCGGCGUUUCACGAGCUGCUGCUGAGGGCGAGCGACGGCGGCGAUCCGGCACGGACGGGCACGGCUCGGAUCCGCGUGACGGUGCUGGACGCGAACGACAACGCGCCCGUGUUCAGCCAGGCGGAGUACGCGGUGCGUGUGCCCGAGGACGUGCCCGUGGGCUCUAUUCUGGUCACUGUCACUGCCAUGGACGCCGACGAGGGGUUAAAUGGGGGUAUGAAAUACUCGUUUAAAAAAAUCACAGAGAAAGCCUCGCAGAUUUUUCAGCUGGAUAGCGACACUGGAGCGAUUACUUUGACACGUAACCUAGACUUCGAGGGCCUCCAAUCCUACGAACUGGAGAUACAGGUUCGAGAUGGUGGGGACCUUUCCGAUAUAGCAAAAGUCGUCAUCACUGUGACAGACGUGAACGACAAUGCUCCCGAACUAACAGUGUCGUCGGCGCUGAGUGAGAUCUCUGAGGAUGCUCCGUCCGGGACAGUCGUAGCCCUGCUGCACGUGCAAGACCGGGACUCGGGAGCCAACGGCGACGUGCGCUGCUCGCUCGAUGGAGGUGUUCCGUUCCGUCUGGAGAAAUCCUAUCAAGACUACUACCGUGUGGUGACAGCGAGAGAGCUGGACCGGGAGCAGGUGUCGGAGUACAACGUGACGGUGCGGGCGGCCGACGGCGGGUCGCCGGCGCUGCAGAGCAGCGCGGUGCUGGCGCUGCGGGUGCUGGACGUGAACGACAACGCGCCGGUGUUCUUGGAGGAGCGCUACAGCGCGCGGCUGGCGGAGAACAACGCGGCGGGCGCGCUGGUGCUGACGGUGCGCGCCACGGACGCGGACUGGGGGCAGAACGCGCGCGUGCGCUACCGGCUGGCGGAGGGGCGGGUGCGGGGCGCGCCGCUGUCGUCGUACGUGUCGGUGCAGGCGGAGACGGGCGCGCUGUACGCGCUGCGCUCCUUGGACUACGAGCAGCUGCGCGAGCUGCAGCUGUGCGUGCUGGCCGAGGACGGCGGCGCGCCGGCGCUGAGCAGCAACGUGUCCGUGCGGCUGCUGAUCGUGGACGAGAACGACAACGCGCCGCAGGUGCUGUACCCGCCGCCGGCCGCAGCGGCGGGCUCGGGCUCUGCGGCCUGGUCGGGCGUGGAGCUGGCGCCGCGGCGCUCGGAGGCCGGCGCGCUGGUGGCCAAGGUGGUGGCGGUGGACGCGGACGCGGGCCAGAACGCCUGGCUGUCCUACGAGCUGGCCAAGGCCACGGAGCCGGGGCUCUUCCGCGUCGGGCUGCACAGCGGCGAGGUGCGCACGGCGCGCUCGCCGCUGGCCCGCGACGCGGCGCGCCACAGCCUGCUGGUGCUGGUGCGGGACCACGGGCGGCCGGCGCUCUCGGCCACGGCCACGCUGAGCGUGCUGCUGGCCGACAGCGUGGCCGAGCUGCUGGCCGAGCUGGCCAGCGCGCCCGACGACCAGGCGGCGGCGCCGGGCCAGCCGGCCGCCAGCCUGACGCGCUGGCUCGUGCUGGCCGUGGCCGCCGUCUCGUGCCUCUUCCUGGCCUUCCUGCUGCUGCUGCUGGCGCUGCGCCUGCGCCGCUGCCACCGCCAGCACCUGCUGCCGCCCGACAGCGGCGCCUUGCGCGGCGUGCCCGUCUCGCACUUCGUGGGCAUCGACGGCGUGCGCGCCUUCCUGCACUCCUACUCGCACGACGUGUCGCUCACGGCCGACUCGCGCAAGAGCCACCUGCGCUUCUCGGCCGCCAGCUGCUGCGACACCCUCCCGGCCCGGCCGCCGCCCGACGAGCCCGCGCCGCUGCUCGGGGACGACGACCCCACAGGCGCCCUCCCCACGGCCCCUGCCCCUCCCUCGAGAGGCUUCGACCAGGCAAUAAGUGGUCCUUGA